CAGAGAUCGGCCGUUGGGGCGACGGCCAAUCGGCUGGGAGGAGAGCCGGCCCGUUUUUUGCAGCCUUCCUGCGGAGACGGCCAAUGAGCGCUCGGAUGGGCGGGGCGCUCAACGGAAGUUUGAUUGGGAGUGUGUGACCUCCGGGCCCGGGAAGAUGGCCCAGUGGCUGGCGCUCCGGCGGCUGCUGUCCCUCACUCCCAGGACGUUGCCUCUGCAGGGGCAGCGGGCGCUCCCUGACCCCCUGGCGCUGUGUGGUCCCUCAGCACCGCACGGCAGAGCCUUUGGCUCCUCAGCAGCCUGCGGGAACACCUUCAAUGUGCAGGAUGGCAGCGACUUCCAGGACCGGGUGGUGAACAACCCCAAACCCGUUGUGGUGGACUUCCACGCGCAGUGGUGUGGCCCCUGCAAGAUCCUGGGCCCCAGGUUAGAGAAGAUGGUGGCCAAGCAGGAAGGGAAGGUGCUGAUGGCCAAAGUGGACAUUGAUGAUCACACAGACCUUGCUAUUGAGUACGAGGAUGUCUUGCUGGGUGAUGAUGUCCCAUCCUUAAGCCUCAGCACAAGGAGGCCCUGUGGGUUUUGUCUGGACAGGUGGAAGCCAGGCUGGAGAACACACACAGGUGUCAGCAGUGCCAACUGUGCUGGCUAUGAAGAACGGAGACGUCGUGGAUAAGUUUGUGGGGAUAAAGGACGAGGAUCAGCUGGAGGCAUUCCUCAAGAAACUCAUCGGAGCCUGAAGUAAAAGGGUGGCUGUGCCUCUGCCUCUGGACAUGUCCACGUUGUGCAUUCCUUGCCUGGGAGAGCAGAGGGGCACGUGAACUGUCUGCCUCUACAACCUGGGGCUUUCUUCUGGUUUGGGGUUUUUAGGAGAUGGACAGUGUUGUAACCCUUCCCUCCCCCUUCUCUUGAGCAGCAGUAGUUGUAAAGGGCGUUUAGGAGCGGGGCUGCUUAUUCUCAAAAUGUGGAAUGUGGCUGGAAUUAGGAGCCUGUGUUUAUCAGCAAAGAGCUGACGUGCAGAGGAGCUGCUGCUGCUGAGUUAAGAGGAGGAGGAAUGUUUUCCUCUUUGCCUAACAUCUGAUAGCCCAGAGCAGAGGGCAGCUGCUCCCUGCGAGAUGUGGGUACAUACCUGCCCUGGGUGGGUUUAAAGCUGAGAAUGCCUCUGCCUUGUCUAUGAAACCUGUCUCUGUCCCUCUGUCCUCGUGUCACUGGGACAGGUACGACUCCUCCAUAAAUCCAUGGGCUCCCAUAAUAAUUUUAUAAGAGAAAAUAGAGAGAAAUAUUUUAUGGAUCUCCUUUUGUGGGUCUGUAAUAGGGAGAACUUUAUCAGUCACUGCUGUUAACUAGAGAAUAAAACUUGAUUCUCAGAAA